AAAAAUUAAAAACAUUCUUUAUUAUAUGUACAUUAUAAACACAAUUAAAAUAUUAGAAAUCACAAACAAAAAAGAGGACCACAGAAAAAAGAGAAAGCACAUAGCACAAAUGACAUACUCAACUGAUAGGUAUAUAAACAUUCCAAAAAACUCAAAUUUUAAUUCAUACAGAAUAAAACUUUAACUUGGCAGUAGUCCUUUGUGUCAAUUUCUGAACGUAUAUCAAGUUGAAGUUUAUUAUAGUUUAGUGCAGCAUUGAUUUUUGUCGAUUCAAGCUUAACUAUUGGGUCACGAAGAAGGUGGUGAUUGUUCCUUGUCCCGAUGUUGUGACAUAUCACCUUAAAAUACUCUUCAAACAUAGGAACGUCGCCUAUUAAACAUUCAUGCACGGUGGUAAAGAGCUUUCGCAUCUGAUAAUUAUGAAUUGUUGUAUGUGAGUGUCGUGUCGGAUGAUACUAUGUGCUAUCUAGUAACUCGAGCAUAUGCAUUCUGUAUGGCUGGUGGAAGUAAUUUGUAAGUGAACAAUAUGUUGCGUUCGGUACGAUCAUAGCCUGAUAGAUACGCAGUGCUGCGGUAGCUGAUAGAUGAGAUCUAAUUUUACGUAACAUUCGAAGUCUCCCAGAUACUCUCCUGUAUACAGAGUUGAAAUGAUCAACCAUAGUCAGUGGUGGAUCCAGGUUGACUCCUAGAUACUGGUAUCUUUCUGUAUUGUUAAUUUUAUCUGAGCGAUACAUAAUGCUGAUGUUUUGGUUUUGUCUUGUAAGUCGUGAUUGUGUCCCAAAAAGUAUGACCUCUGUUUUUUUCUUGUUUAAGGUUCAAGAUGAGUUCAUUUUCUUCUAACCAGUCAGAUAAAUUCUUUAAGUCUUUGGUGAGUGCAUGUUCGAUUGAAAAUAUAUUGUUGUGAUGAAAGUUAAUGACCGUGGCAUACAUCAUAAUUUCGCAGUUCUCGAGUUGCUUUUCAGUCUCGUUAAAAUAGAGUAAAAAAAGCAGCGGAUCCAGUAUUAAUCCUUGAGGGACACCAUAAAAUACGGGUUGACUCGAAGAUAGGGUGAUGUUGUAGGAAACGUGCUGCCAACGGUUAAACGGUUAAGUAAUCUGUAAAAGAUUGUUUUUUAUGAUCGAGAAUGCCAUAAUUCGGUAGUUUAUUUAGAAUGGCGCUAUGAAUUAUUGUAUCGAAAGCCAUGCUAAGAUCGAUAAAAAAUGGCGCCAGUUAGUUGUGAUUUAUUCAUUGCUUUGUGAAUGUCAUCCAAGAACAAAGUUGCAGCCGUUUCAGUUGAUCUAUGCUUACGGAACCCAAAAUUGCUUUCAUGACAAAAGAUUAUUUGAUUCCAUGUAUUUUGAAAGUUGUUGAUGAAUACAUUUCUCGAUUAUCUGUGGAAAAACAAGCAGAACCCAUUUGCAAUUUCUUUUUAUUUGCGGUCUCGGUUCCGUUUAGCGUUUGAUAUAGUCCUUUUUGCCUUCGCAGGAAAGAGAUUUUUCAAGCAUUUCCAGAAAGUUUCAAACUUGAAAUAUUGUCUUGGAGUUGAUUUUUACAGUAUUCUAUCUCGGCUUUUUUGAUCAGAAUAUUUACGUAGUUUUUCUUCCGUUAAUAGACCGACGUCGCAAUCUUAACCUGACUUUCUUGUUUUUCGUAAUAAAUUGCGUGUUGUAUUGUCCCUAACUCAUCUAGACUGUUUCUGAAUUAUAAUGUUUGUAAUUUCGACUCGUUAAUUUCUUUGAAGCGAAUUUUGUAAAAAAUUUCUUUCUGAUACAGUCAACCGUGUCGUGAUCGCUUAGACUGGAUGAAAGCGUUUUACCAUGUGAAAUGGUGUUUGGAGAAUUUGAUAGUACAACGUCUGUUAAAGUUGCACUAUUUUCGGUUAUUUUCGUUGGUUGUGUAAUUAAUUGUUUGAAACCAAAGGUAGUGAAUAUAUCUUUUAUCUCUUUGUGAUCGAUUCUUAUAAGAAAAACAAUUUAUAUCUCCUAAGAGCCAUAAAAUUUCAAUAUCCUUUUUUCUCUUCUUCUCACAUAUGGAACACCUUGCUUGAUAUAUGCACCCACUCUUUCUUCCAUUCCAGUUGUACGACUCUUAUGCACGAAGUCGAACCCUCGGAUUUCUGUGUCAAACAACUCGUCGUUAGCAACAAAUGUUUCACUCGAGGAGAGAAUGUCGAUUUUUUUAUUUUCAAAUAAAAUAUCUUCAAGGAGAUCUUUCUUCCCACAUAACCCUUUAAUAUUUUGAUGGAGCACAGUAAAACCUUUAGAUUUAACAGAGUCCGCGAUACAUGUAAAAUUAGGGCCAGAUUAAUAUGAAAGCAGUAACAGAUUUCGAAUAUUGAUUUGUUAUAUUUCUACGUCGAGUAGAUAAAUCAUCUUUUUCGAACGAUUCUCUAUCACUGCAAGUUUUGUUAAUACGAUUCGAUGUAGUAAAACGUUGCUUUUCAUAAUUAAAAACAUAUAAGCCAAGUACAAACAAGUAUAACAACAACACGCCCGCGCUCUCCGCCAUCUUGAUAGCUUAGCUUGAUUAUUAUUCUGUAGAAAACCAGAAAAUGUGUCGCAUAUUUAUAUUGCUUAAACUCAGGGACCUAGAAAUAGUUUUGCUCCGGGACAUCGUUUCAAAAUAAACAAUUUAUUUUGGGCGUUUUCCAGGUAGGGAAUUUAGAAAAGAAAUUCAUUUAUACGCCUUUUUUAUGCAAGCAGCAUAAAAUUCAACUCCUUUAAAAACCGAAAUUUGAAAGCAACAUUAACAUUAAACCUCAUCCAAAAGUUAUGUUAGUUAUAUAAUAAUGUGUUUAACGUUUCAAGUAGACCAGAUUUUUUCCAUCAACUUGUCCAACUAGUUUUUCUUCUUUUUAUGCUAAAAAUAUAUAAAUGGGAGAUUGAUUUGAUUUUGAUUUUGCCCUCCAAAUAUUCGAACCUUCUAGAACCAUUAAAAUUUUUAUGAUGUCACUUUUAAAAGUAACUUGAAAAUCAUAUAUUAAAUUUAACGCAUUAAGAACGAUCCGCCGACGUAACUUGAAAAUAUCUAUCUUCGGCAGUACUCUAAGCUGUUACAAAUAAAUAACCAUAAAAAUAAAAUAUAAAAGAAUUUGACCUGAAGUAUUUAAUACUUCUGACCUGCACACAAGCUAUUGCUCCUGCCUAUUUUUAUUUGUAAAUCACAAGAUCAUAAUACUCCCUCCAACCUACUUUUUUGGUGCGAGACAAGAAAACCUUUUUACGCGCCUCUGUGUCAAAGCGCAAAACAUGCUGCGCAAACGUGAAAAUGAGCUAUGCUCCUUGAGAUCAUCCAUCAAAAAGACGUUACCAGUAUAAUUUUUGUACCUUUGUACCUGAAACCUGAAAGCGAAAUUAUAGAAUUUGGAGUAAAAUUGACAAUAUUUUCUUCUUCCUCAGCACCAACCAUACUGGGGUAUCCUUAUAUACUAAAUACUUAUGUACUGUUUUACCCCCCAGCUUUCAAAAUUUUUUCUUCAGGCCUGUUCUCAUGUGAGUGCGUAUGCUGUACGUAGAUCAAAGAAAUUUUUUUGUGCGAAUGUAUCACAAACUUUCUUCUUAGACUUGUUUUCAUUAGCCCAAACAAAGAACCUAUGUUUUCUCUAAAAUUGCAAGUGUGUUUACUUAAAUCUCAGGCUGUAACCCUACUUGGUCCAGGGGAUGGGGACGGAUGCCGAACCCCCUGCCGGGUUUUUUUUAUAACUCUUUUUUGCUAUGCUGUAUGAUCAAUAUGUAAAACUACCCUUUAAAUUUCUUUGAAAUCCCUUUAUAAGGGUAAGGAUGAAAUAUUAUCCUUUUUUACGCGAAUUAUGCAAAAUAUGUUAAAUAACGUCAGAAAUUCGUUCCUGUCGUGACGUAGUAUAAGUGUGCCAAGUUUGAUUGAAUUUAAAGAAAAAGCCUAUCAAAAGUUGUGAAAGGAGGGAGGGGGAGUAGUAUGUUAAAAAACCCUGGACCCAAUAGUUUUAAACAGGGGCACGCAAAGUAAACAUAUAUGGAAAUUCUGAAGUGAAUGAAAUUCUUCAUUUAAUUGACAGGAGAAUUUCAGGAGUAAAAAACACUGCAGAACUUUGUAUUCAGUAAAAUGUUUUUUAAACUAACCGAAGUGCAUUUUUAGUUUUAUCAUAGAAAUAUCAUUAAAAUAUCUCUAUGGUUUGUUUUAUCAUUGUUAAAAUCAUUGUCAAAAUAUUUGAAUAACUUUCUUUUCCCUGAAUGAGGCGAUUAUAAGGCUCAAUACACUAUUUACCUCUAAUAAUGGCCCCAGUAUAGUGCUCAACCGAGGAAUUAGGGUAAAUAAUUUAACCAGUUUUAAUAAGAACGUGUAAGUUUUUACUAAGAAACAACUUAUAAGCUACGUCAAAGACGUAAGUGUGAUGUAUGGCUUUUAAUUAGGGCAGCUUUCAGUUCGUAUAUAUGUUGUCGUGUCAGUGUUUAUUUAGUCGAGCAAGGUUUGACACAUUACACAUUCCUGUAAAAUAAUGUACAACAUUUAGUGUAUAAAUAUUUUUAAAAAGCAGGUUAUAAACAAUAGUCAGAAAAAAUAGUUAAUUUAAAGUCAGAACACGAAAAUGAGUUCAGAAAUCAGAUCAAGAGAGGUGAGUUAUUUAGUUGAUAUAGAACUAAAAAAUUUAAACUAGUGAUUGUAGAGUUUCAGCGAAGAUGAAUGAAAUAGAAGGCAAUGUAUUUGUAUAAGAAGUUAUUUGGUACUAAGAAGAUUAUAGUAACUGUAAAACGCAAACUCGUACCAGUGCCUUUUGUCUCUUUUUUACUAAUAGGAGAGAAAAGGCGCUGGGGACGAGUUUGUGUAAAACAAACAAUACUUGAGUCUUCAAAAAGCUAUCACCCAACCAACGAACGCCUAGUAUUUAUACGAAGAGUGGUUUGCCAUGCUCACAAAAGCUAUUAUAUCAGUUAACGUAUUCGAAAAAUCAAUUCCUUAGUAAAUUUUGAUGGUGAUGUUGAAAAUAUCCGCUUCUUACAAACCGUUGUUUUAUUUAAAUGUAACCAUAAAAUAGUCUAACAAUGAACAUCUUAUCUUAAGCCACAAAAAUCAAGAAAAAAAACUGGAGAAGAGGUAGCAAAAAUCUUUUGCGAGCUCGGAGCCGAUCCUCCUGGAUUUGAAAAAUGUUACAUCGAUGACUACAUUGGUUAUGGAAUUUUUGCGACGAUUAACUUCCAGAAGAAUGAUUUCUUGUUGGAGUACCCUGGUACUUUGCUAACAGAAGAGGAAGGUGAUGAGUUGAUGAAAACUUAUCCAGAUGACAUAGGAUCGUUCCUAUUUUUUUAUAAAAAUAAAUGGUAAGUCACCUACCGUUACUUUUUCUUUCAGACAGAAUAUUUUCUCAAAAAAUAUUUUCUUCAUUUCGAAUAUAAAAUGUGUAAACUUAAACAAGUACGUAAGAUUGUUGAUGUAACAUCUGACUUUUAUGUUAUAGCAUUGAUGCAACACACGAAGAAAGGUUAGGAAAAUACGUCAACGAUUCAAAGUUUCCCAACUCUGCAAUGAAAAGUGUUUUGUUAAAUGGACGCCUGCACUUGUGCUUAUUUGCACUAAAAGACAUUUGCCCUGGUGAGGAGUUGCGAUACUCGUAUGGAGCUAGCGGUCUUUGGUGGAGAAAGGUUUGUGAAUUUCUCUUUAUGUUAAUGCAUCAAGCCUAUGCGUGCCUACAUUGAAUACUGUCUUUUUAUAGGAUAAGAGGUCCAAGGUAAAAUACACUUUAAGUAAACUAAAGGAAAAGAAUAAGAAGGUGAUUAUAUUAUUUAGAUGUGGACGAAAUGUGAUUAAUUUUAAAAUAAUAACCAUUCCACAUUUGACACAACCUUUUAGAAAAACAGUGAUUGUGACGUUGACUUUGCACUGGCAAGAAGUCAAUACAUAAAAGAUGGAUUAACAUUUAUUGAUGUGGAUCCACAGAAUAAGGUACUAUUUGAUAAUUGGGCACUUUAUCUACAUAAUGAAAAUUGGUAUCAUAAGAUUUUGAAUCUUGUUAAAGUAUACGUUCUGCUUAGAUACUCAAAAUAGAUUUACCAAAAAAACUUUUAAACUUAGCUAAUGCCCAAUAUAUGAAAUUUAGUCUUGAAAGUCCAGAAUCUUAAGAAAUUUUAACAAAAUCACAAGGCUGAAAAUAUCUCAAGUUCAUUAUAACACGUAAAAUAGCCCUUAUACUAUGAAUUAUUUUACUUCUGCAGGCUAGAAAACAGAAGACAGUUGACGAUGGCGGGGAGAAUACAGUUGAGAGCGUGAACGAAUUUUCAAAUACAGGUAGAAGACAAGAGACAGUUGACAAAGGCGGGGAAAAUACAGUUGAGAGCGCAAGGGAAUUUUCAAAUACAGUUAGUUUUUAAUAUUUCUAAAUCUAUAUUGAUAUCGCAAUAAUAACACGCUGUUCAUUCCAAAAAUUUGCUCCUGUAGGAUAAAAGACAGGCGACAGGUGAGGGAAGCAUUAACGAUACAACUGAGAGUUCAAAACCAGUUCUAGAUAUGAAAGUGGAAGUAUUGCCAACUCAAGAAUACAAUGCGGCGGAAAUGUUAAAUGAAAUUUUUAAUCCUACCGAUGCUCAGGAAAAGUUUGCUGAUGUCGAUGAAUUAACAUUAGAAGUUAGACGCUUACGUGAUAACCCGCUACCAGAAAUGCCACCUAUGAAACGUGUGAAGCGAAAAGAAAACUGUGAUGAAAAGGAUUUGAACGUCACAGAAAGAUUGUGUCAGUUGAUUCGGAGUGGAAAUGUAGCUGAAGCCAAAAAAACUUUCAAUCUAUGGGAAAAAUCUUUGAGGAGCACUUUUCCACAGAAACGAAAACGAAAAGUGUGCACUUGUCCAGUCUGCUUUCAAGACAAGACUGAUUUAGUGGUUCAUCUUGUUCGAGUACAUCAGAUAACGGAAGAGAAUGCCAAAAGUUAUAAAAGCGGAAUCAGUUCAAAUAACGAGAGAAAAAGAUUAGCCAACGAGCAAAGGAAAACCAAACCUCGAUUUUACCGGAAAAAGAUUUGUCCCAUUCUGGGCUGCUCAAAAGUGGUUGUUCGAAUAGAAAAUCAUUUGAGAGAAACACACAAAAUUAAAGAUAACAAAAAAUUUAAGGCUGCUAUGAAAGAGGCCAUUGCUUUCGAGGAAUUUACACCUAAAAAUGGUUUAAGCGAAGAUAGCGCGACAAGUAGUUGCAGCGAAAGUAGCGAACGGGAAGAGGAAAACAAGAUCAUGAGGAAUGGUGGAAUGAAGUACCUCAAAGUUGCUGAAAAUAUGUCGCCUGUGAAUUCCAAUGAUAGCAGCGAUGAAGAUUGGUUUUCGAGAAAGGUUAGAAAUAUUGCGGAACGUAGGCGAGAAGAAAGAGAGCGUAGAACUAGCGAAAGACAAGAAGAAACUGUUUUGGUUAAGCAUCGAAAAUCUUCUUCCACGAUUUCUAGAGCUCCCUCCAUAGCAAGUGUUGGUCCUUUAUCUGUCGAUUUAGAAGAAACGGAAGAAAUAGAACCUGACUCAGAUUUCCCAAUUUUCAAUGAGACACUAGCUCCUUCCAUAACGACGAUUGAGCCUUUAUCUGUCCGUUUCGAAGAAAAACAAGAACAAGAACCUGUCCGUAGUAAAUUGCCAAUAACAAGCAAAAACGAUUCACUAGAAUGUAGAAUUGAAGAUUUGGAUGGAAGUGAGGAUGAAGAUGAGGAGGAUGAGAAUAUGGAUAUUAUAAUUACACCAUGGAGGAAUGAGUCACAUUUUGACAAAUUUGAAUUGUGGUUGGUUAGCCCUGAUGGUAAGCGAAAAAAUAAACGUGCUGCGAAACAACAUUCCAGACAAGUGCAACUGAUUUUAAAGGACACCAGCCAAGAUUCAUACGAAUUAUCCGUUCUUUUUGACCGCAUGAAGAUCAGGAAUCAAUGGUUACUGAAUUUUGAAAAACGGAGAAAAGCUGGAACUAUAAAAAGUUAUCUCCAUUCCCUAUGUCAUUUUUACAAGUAUAUUUUGUGUGACACACCUGUGCUUUUCAAAGAUUUCGUUAAGGACUGUCCAAGCAUGAUAGUUAUCAUGGAAAACUGGAUUGUGGAGUAUAGAAAGAAGGCCAAAAGCGACAAAUGGAUGAAAGAUUUGGAGCAGUUAGAUCAGCUCAUAACAGCUGAAGAGGUCAACACCUUCGAUAAUUCAACACACGUAUCCAAUUGUCGCAGGAAUAUCAAGGAAGUGUUGGCCACUGGUAAAGUUCCAACAUUCAAGCAAUUUACCUCUGUUCGAGAUUAUAUCUUAACUUAUCUCUGCUUGGAUAACGCGUCAAGGACCGGUGCUUUGGCUAACAUGACAACCAAAGAGUUCAUGACGGGGAAAAUGGAAAAUGGAGUAUAUAUUGUAAGUGUUUUUAACCACAAAACAAUAGCGACGUCGGGACCAGCGACAAUUUGCUUCACUGCAAAUCUAUAUAAAGAAUCAUCGAUAUUCUUUCAACAUUUCCGAAAUAGGCUAGAAGGCCUAGACGACGAAAAAGGUUCUGCCAACAACCCGUUUUUUACCAGCUGGAGCGGAAAUAAAAUGUCUUCUUCAAUGGCCACAGGCCAGUUGAACUCAUUUUGGAAUAAAGCAGUGGGAAGGAGUUUGCUGCGACCACGUCUUAAUGCAACACUAGUCCGCAAGACGUGUGUCACUAAAACUCAUUCUUUGAGGCCAGAGUUGGAGCAACAGUUGGCAAAUUUAAUGUGCCACUCCAAGGCAACAGCCAGACGGUCGUACUUUCUGCAAGAAAAGUCAAAAAGUGCCGCAGAAACAAGUAGGGAGCUGAGAUCUGUCCUACGCCAAACUGAGAAUAACGUUGAUGUGUCUCUAGAGGAUGCCAUUAAAGUGCAUUUUGCAAAGGAGAUAAGUGAUGGUAAAAUCACUCUGACUGUCGUGAAAGAAAAGUCAACAUUACAUCCGAGCUUUUUUAAUCUUACCUCACUACAGCUACGAGAUAAAAUUCGUUAUUUCAUCAUGUCGAAGACGAAGAGACAGAAUAACGAUGAAGUUAGAGAUAAAGAAUUAACAGUGCACGAACCAGAAGCCCCUUUUAACGAUAAUGAAGCUCUGAUCAGCGACAAUACAUCGAUUUCGACGUGUGAAACGACUUCAUCCUUGUUUGGAACUAGAAAAGAUAGGGUGAAGUUUUCCAGCGAAGAUAGCCAAUCAAUUUGGGGAAAAUUUGGAGACCUGAUAACAGGAAGUAAAUUAAUUAAGGAGGCAGAUAUUCGCAGUGCAAGCAAAGCUGACAGAGUUGUGAAAGAUUUGAUCGAAAAAUACGGUGUAACCACAAUAGUGAUGAAAGUUCGCACUGAGAAAAAGAAAUUUGCAAAGGACAAUGCUAGUUAGAACAUUAGUAUAUUUCCCAGCAUGCAUAUAGAAAGUAGCAAUAAAAAAAUAUAAUCAAAAAGUGAAAUUUAUUUUCCCACCAAAUCAAUUCCCACCAACAAAAUGUUUCUGAUCAUUUUCUUAAUUUACCAUCCUCUCAUACACCUCUUUCGUGUAAUACGCUUUCAGAGCUAUUUUUAACUAAUGAAUAUCUAACUGUAUGUUGCAACACGAUAUAUUGUUAUUAAUUUUCAACAUUGUAUUAACAAAUGUUCCCGAUAAUUAUUCCGUUAGAAAUAAUAAUUCAAGUAAACGUUUGUGUUUAUAUGAACAUUUCUGUAAGGAACUUACCUUUUUCCAGCAUUACCAUAUUGUUCUGCCUUAGAAACUACUAUUCACGGCGUCUCUGACUAAAUAAAACACAUUUAACAUUACAGUGUCUAUUAUGGCGUGUAUUAACCAACAUAUCAAACUAUUCUUAGAUACAGUAUAGAGAAAGAUGUUCUCCCACAGGACAUUCGUAGGUAGUAC